AUGAAGUUCCUCUCGAGCCUCUCCCUCCUCCUCGUCGCCGCCGCGAGCACGGGCACCAGCGCUCUCCCAACCUCCUCCACCUCCACCUCCACCCUCGUCGUGCGCGGCUACUCCGCCAGCGGCGCCGAGACCAGCUACUGCCUGUGGCCCUCGCGCUGGAGCGUCUGCAGCAAGGUGAAGGACCACGCCGGCGAAGCUCUCACCGCCGCGGAGCAAAACUUCCCCCUGAGCAGCCUGCACAACGGGAAGGGCGACGCCUUCCGCCACUGCUACUGGAACGCCCGCAUGACCGUCGACAUGGGCAAGGGCACGGCGAAGACCUUCGCCGACCUGCACGAGGAGGGCGGCGACGGACCCGCCGCGGAGAAGGAUAUGGACCUGUCGAAUAACGCUUCCGGAAGGCGGUUCGGGGAGGAGGCCAAGAACGGGGGCGGCAGCGAUGGGGAUAAGUACGCGAGGGCUUUGACCAAGUGUAAGAAUGCGGCGAAUUCCGGGGCUUUGAAGGUCCUUGCGUGA